AUGAAAACUCCACUACUUCCAUGGCUUUUCUUGAUAUCUUUUCUGAGUAUAAUAUGUGGCUUCAACAUCUCAUUGGUGGAAACUCAAUGCAUGAGUGAUCAGAAAACGUUGUUGUUGCAGUUGCGGAGUAGCCUCAAGUUCGACUCAACAUUUUCAACCAAGCUUGUGAACUGGAAUACGAACACACACGACUGUUGUUACUGGCCUGGCGUCGAGUGUGAUGAUUCAGGUCAUGUUAUCAGUUUGAUUCUUGACAAUGAAUCCAUUACACUAGAUGGUAUUCAGAACUCAAGUACUCUGUUCAGUCUUCAAUACCUUGAGAGGCUAAAUUUGGCUUUCAACACCUUCAACUCAACUCCAUUAUUUCCAGUUCAGAUUUAUAAUCUUACCAACUUGACAUAUCUUAAUCUGUCAAAUACUGGUUUUGGAGGGCAGAUUCCGAAUGGGAUAUCAAGGCUGACAAGGUUAGUUACUCUUGACCUCUCAGUCCUCUUCCCAAUAGGUCCACCACUUAGACUUGAGAAUCCAAAUCUAAAGCAAUUCUUUGAGAACUCUAUACAACUCAGAGAACUUUAUCUUGAUGGUGUUGAUCUUUCUGCUCAAAGGAGUGAAUGGUGUCAGGCCUUGUCUUCAUCUCUGCCUAAUUUAAGAGUGUUGAGCUUGCAAAACUGUAGAGUUUCAGGUCCAAUUCAUCCUUCCCUUUUGAAACUUCGUUUCCUUUCUGAAAUUUAUCUGGAUAAGAAUGAUUUUUCCAGUACAGUUCCAAAAUUCUUUGCAAAUUUCUUGAACCUGAAAACCUUAAGCCUCAGUGCCUGUAAUCUGCAGGGAGCAUUUCUAAGAGAGAUAUUUCAGUUACAAGGUUUACAGGAAUUGAUUUUGGCAAACAAUCAGAAUCUUAGUGGCAGUUUCCCAUCAUUUCCCAAGAAUGGAUCACUUGAGAUGAUUUCAGUAGCUUACACUCAAUUUUCUGGUUCGUUGCCAGCAUCCAUUAGUAAUCUUAGCAACUUGUCCUGGAUAGAUCUCUCUUUCUGUAAAUUCAGUGGAUCAAUUCCCUCUACAAUGGCAACACUUAAAAAUCUUAUUUAUGUUGACUUCUCAUUUAACAAUUUCACUGGCCCAAUCCCACUUUUCCGAUUGUCAAAGAACCUUUCCCACAUAGACUUCUCUGUUAAUAGCCUGACAGGUCCACUUUCUUCAGAACAUUUUGGAGGUCUUUCAAAAAUUGUGGAUAUAUAUUUAGAGUCAAAUUUUAUCUCUGGAAGAAUUCCCUCAUCUCUUUUUUCACAUCCAUCAUUGCAGAAACUUGUGCUUUCCAACAAUUCAUUUGACGGGGAAGUUGAUGAAUACCUGAAUGUAUCUGCCUCUCAAUUGGAAACACUGGACUUGAGUUUUAACCAUCUAAAUGGGUCAAUUCCAGAGUACUUCUUUGAACUUCCCAAUCUAAGAGUACUAAUACUUUCUUCCAACUCGUUCAGUGGAAGGGUAGGAUUUGAAAGUCUCCAAAAGCUCAAGAACCUCACAAGACUUGAACUUUCUCACAACAAUUUGUCAGUUGACAUAAGUAGUGGUAGUUUAACAUCCUCAUUCUUACCCCAAAUUUCAGUAUUGAAAAUGGCUUCUUGUCGAUUACAAAAGUUUCCAAAUCUCAGAACUCAUUCAAGUAUUAUCAUUUUAGACCUAUCAGACAAUGAAAUUAGAGGGGAAAUACCAAACUGGAUAUGGAAUGUGGGUAAUGGAAGUCUGGAUCAUCUCAAUCUUUCCUGCAAUUUCUUAGAUGGUCUAGAAAAGCCUUACACAAUUCCAAGUACUCUUGUAGUACUGGACUUGCACUCAAAUCAACUGCAAGGCCAACUUCCCAUUGGAGUAGUCCCAUCCCAGGUCCAGGAUGCUGCAUAUCUUGAUUACUCAAACAAUUUUUUUAAUGGUUCCAUCCCAUUUGAUCUUGGAAGUUAUGCUCCAUUUGCUUCUUUCUUGUCUCUUUCAAAUAAUAGCUUCACUGGGGCAAUUCCUGAAUCCAUAUGCAAUGCAAGCUAUCUACAAGUUCUUGAUUUAUCCAAUAAUAAACUGAAUGGCAUACUUCCAUCCUGUCUAUUCAACAUUACUGGGAUUGAGACUCUUGGACUUGGAGUACUAAACCUUGGGAAAAACCAAAUCACCGGUAACAUACCUGAUUCGUUUCCAAGUAAUUGUGCUCUAAAAACUUUAGACCUCGGCAGGAAUGUCUUAGAAGGGAGGAUUCCUAGUUCUCUAAUCAAUUGCUCAUCCUUAGAAGUUCUAAAUUUAGGGAGUAACAAAUUUGUAGAUACCUUUCCAUGCCCAUUGCAGAAUUUAUCAAGCAUGCGGGUGCUAAUCUUGCGAUCCAAUGGAUUCAAUGGCGACCUUCAUUGUGUUAAUGCCAACCAUAUGUGGCCAAAUCUUCAGAUUAUUGAUAUUGCUUCCAAUAAUUUCACUGGAGAACUCUCCCCAAAGUUGUUAAAUUGGAAAGGAAUGACUGUUGAUGAAGAUAAUACUGCGCAAUCUAGGGGUAACAUCAGGUUUGACUUCUUGAGACUCAAUGACUUCUACUACCAAGAUAAAGUAUUGUUAACCGUGAAGGGGGUUGAGAUGGAACUGGUGAAAAUUCUCAGAGUCUUUACAUCUAUUGAUUUCUCAAGCAAUAAUUUCCAUGGAAUUAUACCAAAUACCAUUGGAGCUCUCACAUCACUUUACUUUCUCAACCUAUCACACAAUGCUCUCACAGGGAAUAUCCCUAAAGCAAUCGGAAAUCUUAAAAGGAUUGAAUCCUUAGACCUUUCAGCAAACCAUCUAGAUGGAGAGAUCCCGGCACAGCUCGCGAAACUCACAUUCCUUUCUGUUUUGAAUUUAUCAUUCAACAGACUUUCUGGUAUGAUUCCAACCGGCAAUCAACUUAAUACAUUUGGACCAGAUUCCUACCUAGGGAAUCAACAACUCUACGGUUUUCCUCUCUCAAAAAGUUGCAAACCUCCAACAAGUUCCCGUGGCGGCAAAUCUGAGAUAGAAUUGGGUGGUGGCCAACUUGAGAUCAAAUGGGAAUAUGUAACUUCUGCUUUGGGAUNAAAUCAAUCAAGUUUGAUCCAUUUAGACCUGUCAGACAAUGAAAUUAGAGGGGAAAUACCAAACUAG